UUGUUAAUUCUUCUUGCAAGCAAUCGUUACUUUAGAUAUUUCAUGCGUAAACAAAAACGUGUUAUCUUCACUUGCUACGUUUGAAUAUAUGAACAAUUAUUAUAUAAUUGAUAUGUAUUUACAUUUCUUUUGUGUGAUUAUGAAUUUUCUUUGGCAGUUAUUCAAUUACAUUUCAUAAUUUGACUUCGUACAUGCUAAAUGACAUUGUUAAGUGUGUCGAUUACAAUGAAUUACAGUUUUUUGUUGAUCUAGUUACCCAGGCUACUACCAAAAUUUAUGGUAUAAUUCUUUAUCGCACUAUGCUCUACUUUAUAUUUGUAAUAAUAAUGACUCGAGAUACCUAUGAACAAUGGCAAUGUUGAGAUUUAAUUCUGUCUUUGUUGCACAAAGUUUGCAGAAACUGCCACCCUAUUUCACCAUUAUACAUAAGGCAUACAGUGCAGUCAACAUAGACAGACUAUUAAAUGACAUCACAAUAUUACAAUCUGUGUUUAAUAACAAGGACAAAAUUCCUGGUGAACAAUGGAAGCAUGUACGAGAAAGUGUUUUACUUCAUCAUAAUGUUAACGAAAGUAAUAUUGAUGUGGCUAUUAUGAAUCUAUGCAAACGUUAUGGAAACAUGGAUCAAAUGUCAUCCUAUAUAGAUUUUUUGAAGACAAAUAAUUUUGAUGUAAAUCUAUGCAUUAUAGUGAAAUAUUUAGAACAAUAUACAUUAAAAGAAAACCUGACUGAAUCAGAGAAAAAGGAAAUUUGUGAUAUUUAUGAUUCUAUAAGGGAAAAGUAUCCUCUUUUAGACUGCAUAACUGCUGAAAAUUGUAUCUCAGCACUCUGUUUAACUAAAAGAUGGCAAGAAAGUGAGGAAUUGUUAGAGAUGAUAAAAUUAACCACAGAACCACAUGCAAAACCAUACUCAGCAAUAAUUGCUGCAGCAUUUAAUAACAAUAAUCCAAAAGUUGGAUGGAAGUACUUCCAUGAAGUAUCGUUGAACUUGAAACCUCAAACUCACUCCUAUCUGGCCUAUAUAAAUUAUUGUAUACGAAACUUCAAAGAUGUAAAGGAAUUAAAACAUGAGUUUAGUAAGUUAUUUUACUUUUGGGGCAACAAUUAUAUAAUAGUACCACAAAGUAUAGCAACUGCACUAAUGGAUACUGGUCAGAAGCUUAAUUGGAAAGGAUCCUACACUAGUAUGAAUCUCAAUGGAAUCUGCAACCACUGUUCACAGAAGUUGAAUGAAUGUUCUCUGACAUCAGAAGAAUUUGAUUCAUUGUCCACACUUUUACUGCAGAAUGUAAUUGUUGGAAAGGAUACCUAUCAAAAAACUACUCCAAAAGAAUUAAAAUUCUUUAUAAACUAUGUUGAAAGUACAAAACCGUACGAUGUAGUGAUCGAUGGCUUGAAUGUAGCCUAUGCUCAGGCGGGUCAGUCACCUAAAUUGUUAGCUAAACAGCUUCGAUUGGUUGUGCACUAUCUAGUUUCUCAGAAGAAGAAACUAUUAGUGAUUGGUCGAAAGCACAUGAAUCUAUGGCCAAAAGAGGAUAUAAACUAUAUAAAGCAAAAUGCCUGUGUAUUUUUCACAAAAGACCUGUCACAAGACGACCCAUAUUUAUUAUAUGCAACGUUAACUAGUGGAAGAUCGACAGAUUUUGUAUCCCGUGAUUUGAUGCGUCCGCAUAAACAUCUACUACAAAAUUUAAAAAUCAAAUUUCUGUUCAAACAAUGGCAGGUUUCACAUCAAUAUUUCGUGUUACGAGUGAAUCACAAUACUGGUCAAGUAGAACUACAAAAACCUCUCAAAUACCAUCCAAUAGCACAAGAAUGCCCAGAUGGGUGGCAUAUCCCUUAUAAUACUUGUACUACUCUUAAUCCACCUGAUACUAACGAGCCACCGCGUAAUUGGCUCUGCUUGAAAUACAAAUAGAAAGUAAAAUCAAGUGUUUUUAUAAUAAUAUUAACAAAUAAAAGUUUCAUCAGAAAGCUGUA